AGUGAAAAAUCUAUGGGUACUAUAGAUGUGGAAAAGAAGACGGGAGUAUUCUAAAGUUAUAAGCCUGAUUUGCAACCCUAAGGAAAUUCGUUAUGAUGGG